UAUUCCAUUCCUCCCUCUUCUGCGAUAAAACGAUGGAAGUCGAUCGGACGGCCGAUAACUAUCCCGAUCUCCAAGAGAGCUCCGACGACUCCACCCCUAACCUCGCCGAAAGAAACCUCCGACGUAAUGAUUCGUUGGACGUCGAAUCCCGCACCAUCCCCGGCGCCGUCGCCGGCAGCAAUGGUCACAAGGUGGCGAGCUGGGUGGUGAUAUUGCAAUUAGCGUUUCAGAGCAUCGGAGUAGUAUACGGCGAUAUCGGAACGUCGCCGUUGUACGUGUAUGCGAGUACGUUUACAGAGGGAAUCAAGCAUAACGACGACGUUUUGGGCGUGCUGUCGUUGAUUCUUUACACCCUCACAUUCAUCCCGUUGCUCAAGUACGUCUUCUUCGUCUUGCAAGCCAACGACAAUGGCGAAGGUGGCACAUUUGCUUUAUACUCCCUUCUCUGCCGAUACGCCAAAAUCGGGCUGAUACCGAGCCAGCAAGUGGAAGAUCAAGAAGUGUCGAAUUUUCAGGUGGCGCCGCCGACCAACCGCCAGAAAAUGGCGUCUUGCCUGAAAUCCAAGCUGGAAAACAGCCGCGCCGCCAAGAUUUUCUUACUCUUCGCCACCAUGCUUGGCACUUCCAUGGUUAUCGGCGACGGCGUUCUAACUCCUUCCAUCUCAGUUUUGUCCGCCGUCGGAGGAAUCAAGAAUGCUACCUCGACUAUGACACAAGAGAAAAUAGUGUGGAUAUCAGUAGCAAUCUUGGUUUGCCUGUUCAUGGUGCAAAGAUUUGGUACCCAUAAAGUUGGAUACUCCUUUGCUCCCAUUAUUUGCAUUUGGUUUGCACUCAUUGGUGGCAUUGGCUUCUACAACUUUAUUAAAUUUGACCCUUCUGUCAUCAAAGCUGUCAACCCUAAAUACAUCUUUCAUUACUUCAAAAGAAACAAAAUCGAUGCUUGGAUCUCUCUCGGCGGCGUCGUUCUUGCUAUUACAGGUACUGAAGCUUUAUUUGCGGACGUGGGACACUUCACAGUGAUGUCCAUAAGACUAAGCAUGUGUUGCGUGACCUACCCGGCUCUCGUCUCCGCCUACGUUGGUCAAGCCUCAUUUCUCCGCAAGCAUGCUGAUCUCGUCUCGGAUACCUUUUUCGAGUCUAUUCCUGGUCCUCUCUAUUGGCCUACGUUCGUGGUGGCUGUGCUUGCCUCUAUCGUUGCGAGCCAAGCUAUGAUCUCGGGCACCUUCUCCAUCAUCCAACAGUCCCUCUCCUAUGGUUGCUUCCCUAGAGUUAAAGUUGUUCAUACUUCUUCGAAGUACGAGGGCCAAGUUUACAUCCCCGAAGUUAACUAUCUUCUCAUGUUGGCUUGUCUUGGAGUCACUUUAGGGUUUAAAGAUACAACGAGAAUCGGGAAUGCCUAUGGCAUAGCUGUGGUGUUCGUGAUGGCACUCACUUCAAGUUUUCUCGUGCUCAUCAUGAUCAUGAUAUGGAAAUCGCACGUACUUAUUAUAAUCUCCUAUGUUCUAACCAUUGGCUUAUUGGAAUUUCUCUACCUAAGCUCAGUUCUUUACAAGUUCGACCAAGGGGGUUAUCUUCCUUUAGCUUUUGCUGGGGUUUUGAUGAUAAUAAUGUACAUUUGGCACGAUGUUCAUAGAAGAAAAUACUACUACGAACUCGAACACAAGAUUUCCGCUGAAAAGCUCAAGGACAUUGCAUCCCUCACAACCAUCAACCGUGUCCCUGGUCUCGCCCUAUUCUACUCCGAGCUCGUCCAAGGCAUUCCCCCGAUCUUCAAUCAUUAUCUCGUCAACAUCCCGACUCUCCAAAGGGUCCUUAUUUUCGUGUCCUUCAAGUCCCUCCCGAUUAGCAAAGUUCCGAUGGAAGAGCGAUUUCUAUUCCGACGAGUUGAGCCUCGUGACAUCAAUGUGUUUCGUUGUGUGGUUCGAUAUGGAUAUAGAGAUAUCAUCCACGAACAAGAGUCGUUCGAGCAAGUACUGGUGGAGAGAUUGAAAGGGUUUAUCGAAGAGGAGUUGUGGACGUUGGAAAACGACGACGGUAGAGUCGAGGAGAAGAGGAGGAACAUUGAAGAGGAGAUAGAGAUGGUGGAUAAAGCUUGGAGAGACGGGAUUGUUCACUUGAUCGGACAAAAUGAGGUUGUGGCAAGCAAAGGGUCGGGGUUUGCAAAAAGGGUUUUGAUCGAUUAUGCUUAUAAUGCAUUGAGAAGAAAUUUGAGACAAAGUGAAGAGGUUUUUUACAUCCCUCGUAAGCGUAUGCUCAAAGUGGGAAUGACUUACGAGCUUUAGGGUUUUUCUUUAUGGGAUAAUAACAUGUUCACUUAUUACAAUAGGUAUUGUAGGGUUGUGUGUUGAGAUUUAUACUAUCUCAUGUUAACCAUCUUCACGUGCAAUAAACAAAUAGCUUUUCGAGUUGUCCGAGCU